CCUCCGGAACGCUCCUCUGGCCACGCGAGGUUGUAAAAUGUUUGCAGCGCGCGCGCGCGCGUGCAAAAACAUCGCAGCUGUGGGUGUUUGUUUGGAGAAUUGAUCACGCGCUCUUUGCGCCCUGGGGGGACUGGAUCUGAGUGGAUCUGAACUGUCCUCUUGGACGGAGGGGCUGAGAGGAAGCUGGGAGGGAAUUAAUUGGGCGAGUUUCUUCGUCCUGAUGGGCACACCGGGCUGACGUCAGAGGGAGACGCGCCUUAAAAAUCCAAAGAGCAGCAUCACGGGGAGACGCGUGCUUAGAUCACACACAUAGAUACGCGCGCAAACCAAAGCCUGAUGGUUGUAAGAGAGCUGCGGCAGCGGAGAGAGUAAAGCGGAGAAGUUGCUUCCUAAGGCGCGCAGGGAUGACAGCUGCGCGUAAACGUCUGCGCGCCACGACUUGGAUCAGAGCGCUGAUGAUUUUGUGAUUUUAAGUUAAAAAAAAAAAAAAAAAAAAAAAAAAAAACGGAACGUAAGAGUGUUUAUGCAUUAGUGUCCGUGGGUAAACAAGCGGCGGGUGGUACGGAUGCCGUCGGACGUGGCCACGCGGUUUUCUUCCAGCUUUUGCGUUUUUUUCCUACUUUGAACCAUGGCGUAUUCACAGCUGGGAUAUUCCUACUCCGCCACACCACAGUUUCUGAUGACCUCUGGUUCUCCUGCGUCCCACCCGGUGCUGCGCUCCCCGGGACACCAGCUUCCUCCUGGAAGCGGCAUCGGAGUCUACGGCGGCGCUUACCCAAAGAGCCACAGCUACUACAACACAUGCACCAGCGACGCCUCCUCUCUCUAUUCCAGGGGGCCACUAGAUCCCAAAGAAACUGCACCCGUGCAUUUGGGGACAUCUCAGAGCGCCGCCUAUUAUCCUUAUGAAUACACAUUUGGUCAAUAUCCUUAUGACAGAUAUGGGUAUUCCUGUUCGGAUAGUUCCUCCCGUCGUAAGAAUGCCACCAGGGAGACCACCAGCACCCUGAAGGCCUGGCUGCAGGAGCACCAGAAGAACCCGUACCCCACCAAGGGGGAGAAGAUCAUGCUGGCCAUCAUCACUAGGAUGACGCUCACACAGGUGUCUACGUGGUUUGCCAAUGCACGCAGGAGACUAAAAAAAGAGAACAAGGUGACAUGGUCACCAAGAGCUUGUAAAACUUCUGAUGAGAGAGGCUGUGAUGAGGACAGCAGUGAAGCCGAGAAGCCGCUUAGAAGUAGCACACACCUUCACGAUCAACAAUGUGGAGAACUGCAGAGUGACCUUGAAGACUUCGACAUGGUGGAGUCAGAUGCUUCUGAAAGUGACCCGAAGUCACAUGUUCUACCAGAGGGCGAAGAAGCAAACUCAAACGCAGAACACCCACGUGGGCAAAGACUGUCUGCGGAUUGCCCCAAACUAACACCAGUCAACCAUCAAAGCAGCUCCUUCUACAUGAAUCCAAACCUUCGAAGUCCCGACACAAAGCCCAAAAUCUGGUCUAUCGCGCACACUGCUGUUCCCCCAGAAGCCGGCUCCCCACUAGAAUACCCCCCAUGCAUGCUAUCGUCGACCCGGUCCUCCUCUCCCGUGUACUCAACAAACAUGACGCUCACCAGUGUGGACAGGCAACAAGAGUCUCCAGUGGCCACACUGAGAGAGUGGGUGGACGGAGUGUUCCACGGUCCUCCGUUCCAGCAGCCCAAACAAGCGGAGGCGUGGAAAAGCCUCAACGACAGCGGGACGUCUGUCCAGUCCUUUGAACUCUUGCAGUCUACACCGUGUUUGUAGUCUGUGAACAUUGUAGCACUGGGACGUAUGGACUAAAAACAAAAGUCUACAUUUUGCUUUCCAUGAUGGAAUGGAACAUCAAGUUCUCCAAUACAAGACUUGGUUUCUUGCAAAAUAAAAAAAAACUUUAGAGUCUUAAAUGGGAUUUGUUCUGCCACCAUACUGUAAGUCAUAAAGAGCUUAAUGAUAAAGAAAUUAUUUUAGCUCGAAAAGAAAAAGUCAGUAGAAUUUUCCAUGUAGCAGUGAUGCAAUCUCCAGCCAUCCUUGUGUCUGUUUUAUACUGUAGAGCUGGUCUGGUCCUAAAACACUCUUACACUUUCCACCCAGAAAAAAAUUUAAAGUUUUGCUUGAUGAAAACUUAUGAUAAAGUAUGAAUUACAUUUGUAGUUUAGAUAUUAAAAUGAGAUUCUGUGAAGGCUUCAUCAGUAAAGCUCCCCUAUUUGUAUUCAAAGGAUGCAUUUUUACCUCAAAUCUGAGAAAAAGUGAAGAAAUCCUCAGACCGGUCAAAGGCUGAUAGCUAGUCAGACAGCUCAAUCUGAUCUUGUCCAUUUAAAAUGACUCAAAUUUAUAAAAAGUUAUACUAGCGUAUGUUAGGUAUCUACACAUUUUUGCUUACUCAGAUUGUUUGUAUUUAGCCAAAUAGCAUCACUGUUGAGCUAAAAGAAUGGUGGUUAGGGCUGGUAGCUGUAUUAGCUGGCUUGAUCAGUUCGCUCUAUGUUCUCCAAGAACGGAGCAAACUUUUGGAUUUCCGACCAUCACUUGUGCGAAGUGUGUACGAUAAUGUAACUUUAACAAAGCUAAAGUUACAUUGAUUAGCCCUGCUAGUUGUAUCGAUACAUCAGCUGUGAUUCAUCAGUCUGCUCUAAAUUCACCUGGAGUGGCAGAAAUUUUUAGAAUUUGUAAAUGGCCGUCAGCAUCAAAGAUGGUACAUACCAAAAAUUGUCCAAGCGACUCACAACUAGGGGAAGGUUGGCAAGCUAUUUACACAGACCCCAGUCUUUAGUGAUUUAAGAAAUUUAAGCCAAACUCACUAACACUAACUUACCUAACAUCAAUGCUAGCUAAGCCAUCUCAACUGCCAUUGAUUACUUUAAGAAUAGAACAUUUUUAACAAACAUUGCCUGUUUUACUAUGCAUAAAUAUGUUUUCAGAAGCUGCUAGAUAUCAAUCUGCCUGACUGGCUUACCAUGAGUCUGGGCAGAUAAUUUUGCAAACUAUAAAAAGCAAAGGAGAAUACCAUCUGCAAUGUUAUCGCAUAAAUGAAGAGAUAACCUCGCAAAUCCUAAAUUUGCGGGGUUAGAGUGGAUUGAGUCUAAGGUGGCGAGGCAUAUCGAUACAACUGGUGGCGUCUGUUAGCGUAACUACUGUAGCAGAGGCAUCUGCUAGUUACGCUAACAGUACCAUGAGCGCUGUUCAGUUUGGAAAAGUUGGUAAUAGUUAAAGCGUAGACACACAAUAUGUCCCAAUUUAGGAUAACAUUUUAAUAUUCAGUGAUUUCAAAUUGGUAAUAUAAACUAAAAUGGCUAGCAGUUAGAUCUCAAUUUCUCUGAGAUUUCUUUCACUUAUCUCCAAACUUAUAUGCGACAUCUUUGACCUGAAGCUAAGGGAAAUAUUACUGCUAUUUUAACUUCACAGAACAUUUUCUUUUUUUGAGAAAAGCUCCUUUAUAGGAAACAGUGAGUAGCACCUGAUCCUAUUUUAAAAACGUAAUAAUCCUCGACUCUUUUAUAACUCGUAGGCUCUAAUGUACUUCAGCGAUCAGAGUCAAAUCCUGUACAGUUUCCACUCAUGAAAUGAAAAACACAUGACUGUACACUUGCACCACGGCCUGCACAUGCACUAAGUCACAAAAAUAAAAAGUGUAUCCUGUA